AUGAAUGAAUUAGAUUUAAUGAAAGAAAAGUUUUAUAUUAGUGUUAAAAAUCGUUUAUUAAAACCAAAUAGUGCAGUUUUAACAAAAGAAAAAUAUGCAAGUUUGAUGAUAGACGUGAGAAAAAUGAAAAUAAAAAAGGAAUCUUCUCGUGACUAUUGGUUAGAAAAACAUUACGAUAUUGUAAAAAUAAACGGCAUUGAAAAAUUAAUACUACCCGUAAAAAUAUUUGAUUAUUUACAUGAAAUUCAUAUUUCUAUUGGACACGGGGGCAGAGAUCGCAUGUUAUAUGAAAUAAAUAAACGUUAUAAAAAUAUUACUCAAUCUGAUGUUAAGCAAUACUUAGAUUUGUGUAUACCUUGCCAGCAAAAAAAAAAAAGUCAAAAAAAAGGGCUAGAGACAGAAACCCGAUUGGAUAAUAUGGAUGACGUUACUGACGUAGAUCGACCAACAGUUGGCACAGAAAAAGAUAUAGUUCAUUUAAAUAUUGCUACGGAUGACGUUACUGACGUAGAUCGACCAACAGUUGGCACAGAAAAAGAUAUAGUUCAUUUAAAUAUUGCUACGGAGAGGAAAAAAGCUAAAGAAAAUUUGGAAAAACAGGCAAAAAGAAUGAAAGAUUUAUCAAAUACUAAAUUUGCGGUUGCUAAUAUUGGUUCUACAGUGCGUAUCAAAAUUCCCGAUGUUGAUAGAGGAAAGGGUGAUCCUCGUUCAAUUAUUGCAGUUGUUUUAAAAUUAACUGACGAUGGGUUUUAUCAACUGGGAUGCAAUGAUGGAGUGUUAAAACAACUAUACUCUCGAUCCCAGUUCACAGUAUGUUCAGAAAAUUUGUUAGCUGUAGAAGCUGUUCCAAAUGAAAGUAUUACAUUAAGAUCUGCGGCAACUGCGCAGUCACUGGGAACUGGUCAGGGUUUUUUUAAAUGCACUUGUACCAAAAAAUGUGACACAAAGCGAUGUGUUUGUAGAAAAAAAGAGGUGUUGUGCAACUCUAAAUGCCAUAAUAGCCUUACAUGUACAAAUAAAUAAAUAAUAUAACUAUAAUUAAUUCAUAAUUCAGUAAAAUAAAAUAUUAUAAUAUAUAUUUUAAA